AUGGUCGAAACAGCCAUCCUGCCGGACAAGAAGGUGGUGGUGCUGCAUGAGCCCGUGCAAAUAGACAAUGAAAAACCAUGGGGGGAUCAUCCCGUCCAUGUGGAUGUGGAUCCACAGGCACCGCCACCCCUGGAUGCACAAGAAGGCGUCCUACUGCCAGGCCGUACUUUUCAGCGCCGCGUGUCCAAUGUCGCUGUCACACAGGAACAUCUCAACGAAGGCGCAUUUGGCCAUUUGCCACUGCAUGGUAUGCCAGAAGUAUCUGGUGUAGAAGUCGUGCACAAAGACAAGUUGGAGGAGCGCAAUGCUCAAGGACCCCAGAUGGAGGACGAGUUUGUCGUCAAGUGGGACGGCUCGGAUGAUCAGGAUCGUGUACUGAACUGGAGCAUGCCCUUCCGUAUAUACCAAAUGACUCUUGCUGCUGCCCUGACACUUUGCACAUCCUUUACGUCGUCAGUUCCAUCCAAUAUCGCAUUUCAAAUGACCGAAGAAUUUAAUACGACCAUCAAUGUGACCAAAGCUGCGAUCUUCAUGUAUGUGGCCGGCUUCUGUUUUGCGCCCUUGGUAUGGGCACCUCUGUCAGAAAUGUAUGGGCGCCGUAUCGUGUUUAUUGUCAGUUUCGCUGGCUUUGUGUGCUUCAAUGUCGGCUGUAUGCUCGCGCCGAAUAUCGGCGCCAUGAUUGUAUUUCGUAUUUUCGCCGGUGCCUUUUCAUCCAGUUCACUCACCAACUCGCCCGCCAUGAUUGCUAGUCUCUUUUCUAUCAGGUACCUCAUGCGCGGCAUCGCUGUCUUCUCGCUAGGCCCCAUUGUCGGCCCCUGCAUCGGACCAAUUGUGAGUGGAUACAUCGUGACGGCAGGUGCCAACUGGCGCUGGGUCUUCCGUGUGUCCACCAUUUUUUCAUUCGUCAUGCUCGUGCUCGUCUUGCUGACUAUGCCUGAAACACAUGAUGGUCUACGCCUGAAGAAAAAGGCUCGGCGGCUGCGUCGCGAAACCGGCGAUGAUCGCUACAAAGCGCCCAUUGAAAUGCGGCACGUCGAAUUGACCAAAAUGAUAGGCACUGUGCUCGGCAAGCCCAUCAAAAUCUUCUUCACAGAGCCGAUGCUCAUUCUGGUCACCAUUUACAUGUCAUUCGUGUAUGGUACCCUGUACCUGUUCUUUGUCGCGUACCCGAUCGUAUUCGAGCUCAUGCAUGGCCUCUCUUCUGGCGCUGAGGGUCUUAUGUUUUUGGGAUUCUCGGUGGGUGCGUUUAUCGGAGCGAUCUACUGCAUAUUCGUGGACCAGCGCAUGUACGAAAGCAAGCGCCAACGCCAUGGUUCUGAUUUAGCGCCCGAAGUGCGUCUGUACACAUGCAUGAUUGCCGCACCUCUGCUGACCAUUUCCCUAUUCUGGUUCGCAUGGACAUCAUACCCCAGCAUCUCGUUCUGGAGUCCAUUGGUGGCAGGUGGCAUGUUCGGCACAGCCACACUAUUCAUUUUCCUCAGUCUCCUUACCUAUAUUACAGAGGUGUACUUGGCGAAUGCAGCCAGUGCUAUCGCUGCCAACACAGUCGUUCGCUCAGCCUUUGGCGCAGGCUUCCCCAUGUUUGGUCAGCAGAUGUACGAGACGCUCAAACCGCGCUGGGCUACUUGUGUUCUGGCCUUUAUCGCUCUGGCCAUGUUCCCUAUACCUUUUGUGUUUUAUCGAUAUGGCCAUGUUAUUCGAUCCUGGUCCAAGAAUGCCUUGUCCGAGCUCUAA